AUGUCUGGCAUCACCGACUGGGUCAAGCCUGGCGACACGUCCGGCGAGUUUAAGCGCCAGGUCAGCUCCUUCAGGAACUUCAUCUCCAAGGAGCCCGGCGCCAAGUUCCCUCCUGAGAAGGGGAGGUACCAUCUCUUCGUGUCAUAUGCCUGCCCCUGGGCCCACCGAACUUUGAUUACAAGGAAACUCAAGGGCCUUGAGGACAUCAUCUCCUUCUCUGUAGUUCACUGGCACCUAGGCAACCAAGGCUGGCGCUUCGCCAAAGAAGGUGAGCCCGACAUCCCCGGCGACAACGUCAUCCCCGACCCCAUCCCCGGCCACGAAGCCUUCACGCACCUCCGCGACGUCUAUUUCGAGUCUGAAAAGGAGUACACCGGCCGCUUCACCGUGCCCGUCCUCUACGACAAGAAGCAAAACACCAUCGUCAGCAACGAGAGCAGCGAGAUCAUCCGCAUGUUCUACACCGAGUUCGACGACCUCAUCGACGAAAAAUACCGCGCCCUCAAGCUCUACCCCGAGCCGCUUCAGAAGAAGAUCGACGUGGCGAACGAGUGGACGUAUGAUUUGAUUAAUAACGGCGUGUAUAAGUCGGGUUUCGCGACGACGCAGGAGGCGUAUUGUAGGAAUGUUGUGAACCUCUUUGAGGCGCUGGAUAGGACGGAGAAGCAUUUGAAGGAGACGGAGAGCGAGGGGCCGUAUUACUUUGGUAAGGAGAUUACUGAGGCUGAUAUCCGACUCUAUGUCACGAUCGUCCGCUUUGAUCCCGUCUACGUCCAGCACUUCAAGUGCAACAUCCGCGACAUCCGCUCCGGCUACCCCUACAUCCACAAGUGGCUGCGGAACCUUUACUGGAACCACCCCGCCUUCAAGGAUACCACCCAGUUCGACCACAUCAAGUGGCACUACACCAAGAGCCACACCCAGAUCAACCCCUACAGCAUCACUCCCGUCGGACCUCUUCCCAACAUCUUGCCUCUGGGUGAAGAGUGCAAUGCUGUCAAGCAGUAA